CCGAGGUUAGAUCUUUCUUAGGGAUGACUGGCUACUACCGCAACUUCGUCAAGAACUAUAGUAAGGUGGCGGCCCUUUUGGCUGAUCUAACACGCCUUGACACACCAUGGGAAUGGACAGACGAAUGUGAGGGAACCUUCAAAUGUUUGAAGGAUGCUCUCUGCAUCAUGAGAUUCUCAUGCUUCCUAACCCUGAUAAGCCAUUCAUCGUGACCACUGACGCAAGCCAAUAUGGCAUUGGCGCAGUGCUGGCCCAACAUGAAGGGAAGAAGUUGAGGAUGAUCGAGUACAUGAGUAAGAACAUGCCAACUAAGAAGUUGGUGAAGUCCACCUAUGAGAGGGAACUCUACGCCCUUUACAAGGCUAUUGUCACCUGGAGGCACUAUAUGUUGGGAAGGUUCUUCUACUUGAGAACUGACCAUCCGACCCUCAAAUGGAUCAAGACGCAGCCUGUUUUCUCUGAUGCACUCGAACGCUGGAUUGAAGUCAUCGAUCAGUAUGACUUCAAGCUAGACUACAUGAAUGGAGAGUACAACGAGGUUGUUGAUGCGCUGUCGCGGAAGGCAGACUACCUAGGUGGGCUAAUUACUGAGUUUGGCUUAUCUGACGACGUAACUCCAACAUUGGUGGAGGCCUACAAGGAAGAUCCCAUCAUGACCAACAUCAUAUGCAGAGUAGAGGCCCAAGACAAGGCCGCAUCGGACGAGUUUGUGAUGGUGGAUGGGUUACUCUUUCUUGGCAAGGCAAGGUUUAAAAGAUUGUGGGCGGUCUAAAUGCUAGAUGACGCAAAGAAGUAUGUUGAGACCUAUCAGGUCUGUCAGCGGGACAAGCCGCGAACUCAAGCACCGCUUGGGCUAUUGAAGCCUUUACCCAUUCCUGAUGGUCCAGGAUUGAGUGUUUUCAUGGAUUUCAUGGACACCCUUGUGACCAGCAAGAGUGGUAAGAGGCACAUUUUCGUCAUCAUUGAUAGAUUCACCAAGUACGCUAGACUAAUACCAAUGCCAGAGACAGCCCAGACGGAGUAUGUCAUCAAGUUGUUCAAGGACAACUGGGCAAGGGACUUUGGUUUACUGAAGACCAUCAUUAGUGACCGAGACGUCCGCUUCACAAGUGAACUGUGGAAGAAGACUGCAGAACAGAUGGGCAGUCAACUUCAAAUGACUUCAGGGAAUCAUCCCGAAGCCAACGGACAAGCCGAACAAAUGAACAGAGUGGUACAACACUUGCUGCGRCAUUACAUCAAGCCCAACCAAGAUGAUUGGGAUGAGCAGUUGCCUCUCAUCGCCAACUUGUACAACAAUGCUAUUCAUAGUAGUACCGGCGUUAGUCCUAACCAGUUGCACUUGGGAUGGAAGCCUAGAUCAGCACUAGAUUUUCUCCUACCUGAAAACUGACCUGCUGCAACUCCAGGCACACUUGAAUACGGUGUGCAAUAUGAGAAGUUGCUGGGCGAGGCUGUUGAACAUAUGAAGAAAACUCAGCAAGCCAUGAUUGCUUCCGAGAAUCAACAUCGCAGACAGUC